GGGAAAAGAAGAUGAUAGUGAUGAUCCGGGCACAGCAGGCGCUGGCAUCGGACUGUCCAGCACGUCGGAAGUAAAUGGUGACACAUGUAAAAAUAGAACCGGAGACAAUGAAGAAUCUGGUGGUGGACGAGACGGAGAAGAGCCUACUGCGCUCAAAGACGAUGAAAAUGACCCGUACGAAGACGCGAAAUCAUCAAAACAGGGGUCCUCAGCUUCGUCUUCGUCCAGCGAAUCCAGUACCUCCGAAACGGACGAGGACCAACAGGCCCAAUCCGAGGUCGAAACGGUACGGAAGCUGAGCAAGCGGCUCAGCAAGCGCUUCAGCCACUCGGGAAUCGAAGACAUCGCGGGAUGCAGCAAUGCCGGAGCAGCUGCCACGGCUACUAGUAGUGCACAUGAAGGAGCUACUGCUACUGCAGCUGCGAAACAAGCAGGCACAUCAUCGUUUGCAGUUCCCCUUCUCACCAACCGCGAGGACAUCAGGGAAGAAUUUUCCCGCACCAUCCCGCCCCUCUCAGUCAUUCAGAAUAGCGAACACAUUGCGCACCUCCGCAACCGCUUUGUCGUCGACCCGCUGAAUUCUAACGGCGAAACCCCACUUUUCGUCGCGUGCCGCCGGGGCCUGGACACAAUUGCGCAGUGUCUGCUCGACCACAACGCGAACCCGAACGCCGUCGAUGACGAGCUGCAAACGCCCCUGAUGUGCGUAUCAAAUACAAAUUGAAAUUCACGUUGACCGCACAAGUACUUGUACGUACAAAAUGCAUCACAAAUUUUUCCAACAACCUGAAGCAUCAUGGCACUUGACUUGUCAUGCUAGUAAAUGUGAUUGUUGAAGAAAACCUGUCUCAUGCAGCAAGAAUAGCAUUUGUAGUCAGAUGUACUUACGUUGUCGCGUACGGAAAAUUUCCUGAGGAUAGUGUGCGUUUCGCGCGUACGUGGCACACAAAGACAUGACUGAGUCGGCGCAGCGGCGGGUUAAGUUGGUGGAGCUGCUGCUGCAGAACAACGCGAAUCCGGAUUUGCACCGCAACCUCUCUGUCGCGGUCACCGUCACCACCGGCGGCAGUCAGGACGCGACGUUAACGUGUGUGAGAUUGUUGCUGGAGGCAAAGGCGGAAGUGAACUACGAUGUAGAGGAAGAGAAACGGAUGCGGAAGAAGUGGCAUGACGCCGUCUACGACAGCACAGAAAUCGAUGACGGGUCAACAAACAUCGAGGAUUUAGAGGAGGACGAGGAGGAACUGGGCUCCUUCCAUGACGUCGUCUCCAGCAUCCCCAGCGAGUUGGCGAAGGAACUGGAACUUCUCGAAGCAGAUUUGAACAGCAGCGGGGGCUCCAGUGAUGAACACAACUCGUCAGACGGCGGAGGAAACUCGACCGGGGGCCGAAAAACAUCAAAUAGACGCUCUCGAAACAAGCGACGCUCUCGAGGUGGAGGUAGCAAAGGCGCGGCCAUUCCGGACGAGGAGCCGGAGGAUGAUGAGGAAAAAAAAAACGAUCAUAACGAUUCGAAUUUCAAGUGGGUUCCGGUGAAGGAGCAGACCACGAGCACGUCAAAAGCAGCUCGGAGUAGUCGAGAGGACAAAGAUAGCAAUCCAGAAGAUGACCAAGCGGAUGUUCCCGACAGGCGGGACCACGAGGGUGAAAACCAAGACGUCGAAGAAGAGGACGUGAUCACAGUAGUCUCUUCCUCGCUGCUAUCCGAAGAUGACGACGAGUUUUCCGGCCCACUGUACAUGCCGCCCUACCUCGCUGCCGUCAAUGAAGGGAACUAUGACAUCGUACUCUUCUUCAGUACAUUCAUAUAAUUCUGAUUCUCUUGUACCUGCAUAUUAACCCGUUACAAGAACAACCUUGUCUCUGUCUGAGUGUAGUAUCUGUCAGAGUUCUUCGCGUUAUUAUAUCAGGCUCGUCUGCUCCUGGAGUUUGGUGCACGCUUCGGGGCUGAAACGUUCCGGAAAGACAAUGUGUUUCACUUGUACGCGCGGAGCCAGGGCCCUGACGACACCCUGCCCUGGACCGACACAGAGAUCGCAGAGGCGGCUGCGCGAGCAGCGAACAAGAAGAACGUGGAGGAAGAUGGCAAAACAGCAAUAGACCACUCCACCACGGCCGGUCAUGUUGAAAAGGACGAGACAGUGGCAGUACCAGAAGAGGCUGGGCCCCGUGCACUGAAGAUAAAAAACGACGCAGCAUCUUCAAGUAGGACAACUCCUGCAGUUGCCGCGCCAGACCUUUUCAGUAUGCUGAAUGCGAAGAACGCCGAGAACGAAACCCCGCUGCUCGUCGCGAUCCAAGAGGGCCGGGAGACCGCGGUGGCUGUGCUGCUUGGCUUGAAGGCGGACCCAAACAUCGCAACGUGUUAUACAGACAUGGACAGUAGUACAACUUCAACGAGAAGUAGUGGCCAGAACUCGAGAAAAAAAACGCGACAGUCGGAACACAUUGUAACGCCGUUGUUACAACACAUGCAACACCGGCUGCCGGAAGCUGUCGGCUGUUGCAUCCUCUUGCUGGAUUUCCGUGCCAACAUAUACCAGGAGGUCUUGGACGAAGCCCUCCAACAAACGGACUCCUUUCUGGUCAAGCACUUACCCUACCUGCUCGAGCAGGUCUACUACGAAAACAACUUUCAACCGAACGCGCCGACAGUCGCGUCAGAGGACGGGGAGGUCGUCGAGGUGAGUCUUCACGAUGGACUAAAACAGGGCGACAAGAAUAGAGAAGAGAAAAAAAGUCCCGGAGCGGGAGGUCCUCCUCCUGCUGCGGUCACAACAAGUGGAACAAGUGCAGCAGCAGCUACGAAACUAAGUUCAUCUCCCACCACGACAGGAGACCUCAGCCAGCAGUCGGACGCCGGUACGCAGCCGCACCUUUCCUGCGUGAUUUUCCGGAUGUUGCACUAUUACAGUGAAAAAUGCCCCCACUCCCAAAGUUGCAAAAAUUUUUUGUGAUGCAAAGUCUCCAAUAUGAAAACUUUUUGUCAUGCAUGAAAGGAGUAUGAAUCUUUCUGAUGCAGGGUAUAGGUGUAUAUCGCGUCGCUUGCAUGACAAGGGCCGCUCUUGCUGGGAUCUUUUGCAAUACAAAUUUUUGCUAUUCUUUCACGAUCGGAACUCUGUGACGCUGAUAGAUGCAAGAGGGCGAAUGUUUCAUUUGGAAAGGUUUGCAAUACAAAUGCUCCCACGUUCGGGGGUGGGGGCAUUUUUCAUUGUAAUAUGCACCGCCUUUGCUUCAACCACGCCUUCACGUCGCUCUCAAUUCGCCACGAGGCACUCCAGCUCGUGUUGCGCUACGUGCUAUGAACUGCAAAAGCAUCGUACUCGUACUAAAACUAAUUGCAAACAUGCAUGACAAAUCUUCUUCCUAAGGUGAAACAUCAGCAUUACAAAUUUAUUUAUAUAAUGCUGAGGGAAUUUGUGAUGCUAUUUAUACUAGUAAGUUACUUUUGCAGUUCAUACGUGCCCUCGCUGUGUGACGUCCCGCAGGACGCGUUCGCGACCGACUACGGAUUUUUGGACGGGUAUGGAAGCGUCAGGUUUGAAAUCGACAAAGUUGAAAUGAUUUGUCAUACAUAAAAUGGAUACCAGUUGGAAGCCCAAUUUCGAAGCGGCGCAUGACAAAUUUUCGGAGCAACGGAAUCCAAUUUGUCAUGCUGUUUGGGCACAGAAGGCUGCUACUGCUUUUGUCAUGCUUCUUUAGCAGCUCUAUCCCAACCCCUAAAUAGGCUCAUAAUCUGCCUCACUUGCCAUCCCUGCAAGGGAGGCGCUUCAUGUCUUGCAAUUUAUGCAUGAGAAAUCAUUUCAAGUUUGACGAUUUAUAUCCUGACGCUUCCAUAACGGGAAAUAUGUGGAAACGGUGUUGGACAUCGACACGAACAAAUAUCGCAAAGUUGUGAAAAAAGAAGCCACAAAAGGCCACAGGGAAGGUGUUGAAAACGGAGCAGAGAUAUAUGAGGUUGAUGGUGGUCCAAAAGCCGCAGCUUCUUCAAAACUCUACUACGAUACAUCGGAUCUGGUCCUGCAAAUUCUUCGCACAAACGCCCGCCACUACGAUGACGAUGCAGAGCCUAGCCGCUCAACGACUCGGCCGCUGCUAGACGGGGCAAAAUCGGGUUCGGAAAACGAACCGGAGGAAACAGCCAACGAGUCGGACGUUAAUGGGGGCGCGGACGGUGAUCAUUAUGGUGGGCGAACAACGACCGAUGCCUCUGCAGCGGGGCGUAGUAGAAGGAGACGACACGAGGAUGUUGAGAACGACCAAGACGUCGACGAAGACGAAACCGGAGAUCAGUCGCGAAGAUCUGGGUCGCACUCCAAGGGACACAACAAGCGCCACCGCAAGCAGCCCGACACCGAUGAGUCCAAUCGCAGUAAAAACCAGCAAGUUGUGUUGAAUUCGGCAAAACUGUUGCUGGAAAAGGGCGCUACGGUGAACACGCGUACCUUGGAGUACGCGGUGAGGAAAGGCUUGAUGAACUUUUGCCGGUUGGUACUAGCAACAAACACGUCUGACGAAGCCGGCAGUAGCGGGGUCGACGUCGUGCAGAUGAUAACCGCAAGGCAACGACAAUACACCUGGACGGCGCAGAUGAUCCUGUAUCUCUGUGGCGGCAGUCACGGCAGGGGCAGCACACCCCCGGACUUGACCAUUGAGCAAGUGGUGCUUGGGCACUUGAAACUCCUAAACGUGGUCGGCAGCACUGGUCGUGAUACUUACGACGAC